AUGUCAGGGCUGCUUGGUACAGCAUCAAAAUCCGUCCCGUACACGAGCACCGAACCCAUCGAAGGCGACGAGCCAUCGAAGGCGAACAGCGACCCUGGUUAUCUCGGAGAAGAUGAAGGGCAGAAGCAGAUACCUCGACAGCCGGCAAAGACAUCACACUCGAUGCAGAGCUUCAGCAGCGAUGCAGAUGUGCGCAACUGGAUGAGGGACGAGGACUCGAAAGCAAAGUCUGCGUCCAGUCUGACUCCUUCGUCUAGUCUGAAUGCAUGCCUGAGGCCAUCCCAGUCGAAAAUACAUCCAUCGUCAAGUAUGUUGCAGACCAAGACAGAUUUGCACUUGAAGGCAUCAGCCAACGCAUACACAACCAAAUGCCAGUGGCUUAUGGCUAAGCUCAGCAACAUCAGCGAAGAGAGAACCAGGCCCAAGAUCGGAGGGUCCUCGUCUCUACGUUCGAACUCCGACCCGAUCGUUCGGGAAGCCCCCGAGUUGUCGAACAAGACCGACCUUGACAAGCCACUGAAGACAUGCCUAAAACAGAGAGCUCAAAGUGCAGACACAACACCCCCAAGCGAGCCUGUAACGGGUACGAUAAGCUCGAACAAAGCCCAGAGGCUGCGGCGUGUGAAGACUGUAGACUUCGAAGACUCAGUUUUGGAGCAUGUCCCAUCUCGCGCGGGGAGUUCCAGCAAGACCAGAAAGCACGGAAAAACUAGGCCGGAUAAAGUUUCAGAAAGAUCACCACUAUGUCCUGGUAGGAUCAGUUUGACCAGACCUCUGCCGGCGUGUCCGGCUGUCACUCGGACGGAUGUCCAUGUCAUCUCAAUUUCUCCCAUAUUAUCGAAGUCUGCAUCCCUAGGUCCGGGGCAAUCAAAAGGAAAUAGGGAGGCAGACCCGGCUACUCCUACCAUGCAGAUCGUAGAAUCGAGCAACGGGAGUUAUGAGGUAAUCUGGGAUGACGUACCGCCUGAGCACAAUGAAAGGAUGCGAAGACAUGACUCUUCAGUCAGCCAGGCGCUUGAAGCACUCAGCUAUACAGCUACCGACAGUCUCGAGCGUGUCAACACAAAGCUAAAUGAAUGGUCUGACACCUGGAAUGCGCCAUCCGACUGUUUCAAACCUACGAUUGUCGUUUUCCCUGACGAUGAUGGCCGCAGACCUCCGUAUGAGUGUGCGAUCGUUGAUGACGAAGAUAUUGAAAUAUUUGCGCCCCCAAACAGCGAAAGGGCGAGUGCUGUUCAUUCGCAGCAUCCCUCACGGCCUGUCAGUGCUCCGACGUCAAGAGCUGUUUCUCAAGACUGGUUCAUCAGUACUGCAGAUCCACAAGACACGCCGCUCGAUACUUCAUAUUUUGCAACGGAGCAAAUACUUGCCAUGCCAGACUCAGAUGCAUGGUCAGCGCAUCUUGUCGCUGCUCGUCGAAAGCUGGGGGCGUCCAGCCCAGAGCGAAAGCUGUCCAAUGUCGACGAAGCUGAGACGAAGUUUCGCAACCACCGUGACUCCGUUACCAUAGCUCAUUCGCGGCUGAUUCGUUCUGGAGGAGUAGGACCUGAGCUUUUUGCGCACAGUGACUCGGUGUCACUUGCGAAGAAGCGAAUACAUGCCAGGAACCUUACCAGCUCAGCUUCUUAA